UUGCUUUACACCCAGCUUUGACCCUCACUCUUAGUCGACACACACUGGGGGGGGUAGCGAGUCAAGUGUUUCGGGAGACUAGCAGCGCCUUUAUGGUGUUUAACCAUCUGGUUAAAACCAGACUAGUACACGAGGUUCCGCGACCAAACCACGUGAUUAAACGCGGAAGUUGCCCAAUAGGAGAAAGUGUGGCGGAAAAAAAAGAGGGGAUUGGAGGAUUUGCUUGCGUUCGUUUGUAUUUUGAGCCGGUGCCGUUGUCUCUUACUAGCUGGACUCUCUGUGCCUAACGGUUUUUGUUCUUUGUUCAGUUACAUGUACGACUUUCGUCUGCCGUGAAUGAAAUAAGGCUUGCUCUGAGUUCAGACUGCUGACAUGACAAGGCUGUGACAGUGUGUGUCCAAGUGUUUUUGUACUGGACAAUUCCUCUGACAUGGCUGCUGCAAAGAAGCGUUGUGCAAAGGGAGGAGGCGUGCGCUUUUCAGAAGAACCCCCUGCUGCUGGCGCCCCAUCACAUGUUCACUUCGAUGAAAAGCUGCAUGACUCCGUCGUCAUGGUGACUCCAGAGGAUGAUGGCAACUUCUUGGUAAAGGUUGGCUUCCUAAAGACACAGCACAGGUAUGAAAUAGUGUUCACCUUACCCGAGGUCCCAGCUUUGGGGAAGGAUGUGUGUCCAGCGCCAGUACCCAGUCCACACCUCCGGAUCACUGAUAUCACACCGGCACCUGAGGGAGGUCUGAAGGUAAUGUGCGAGUACAUGGCCCAGCAGGAGGGAGUUCUGUGUGAGGAGGUGCUGCUGCUGAGUGAGACCAAUGAGGACGUCUGUGUCAGAGUCAAAGUUCAAGCCAGAGUCAUGGAUCGUCACCAUGGGACACCCAUGCUGCUGGAGGGAGUUCGCUGUAUCGGGGUGGAGCUGGAGUACGAUUCUGAACAGAGUGACUGGCAAGGAUAUGACUAAAUCUCAAGCUCCUCGUUUCACAUUACACACAGAUAUACACUAUACCAACACACACAUACCUGCCUUCAGAAAUGCACACCUACCAAAAUACACAUCUUCACAAAUAGAAAAAGAAACAAAAUCCUCCACGACUGACCACUAGUGUACACAUCCACAUAUAUGAUUUAGGGCCAUGUGCAGCACCUCGUGCACCAGUGUGGUCCAUCCUAAGUUUUGAGAACAUUUACAUACAAAAACAUUCCUCUGCUGUAUCAUCCACCACAACAUUGAUGGCAUCAGAACAGACAUUUCGUCACUUUGUUGCUUUAUUUCUGCGGCGACUCCGCUCUACUGUUGUUCACUGUGGGCUGUUCUUUGUGUUUUCCUCACUCAACCUCUAGAGGGCAGCAGUGCGCUUUAAAUCAGUGUAGCCUCACGUCCACUGGCUCUGCUCCAGUUCACUGUUUCCUGAUGUGCUGUACCAGGAGUAAACAUGUAAACGUGAGUAAAAUCAGUAAUUAAACAAAUCGUGAAACCGACUCCACAGAAAAGGAAUGAAUCUGCACAAUUCAGGAAAUAGAUUGAUGAGCCUGUAACGUGUCUGUUUAACCACAAGGGUGCAGACAACUGGAAUGCUCCUUCAGUCUGAAGGCUUUAGUUUGUUUUGUUUUGUUUUUUCUGAAAAAGCUGUGCUGCACUCUAAUGUAUUCCCAACUUUGGCAUUUUUAAACAGUCCUAUAAUUAAAGUCAGUGAGGUUCUUUGCAUUUUGAGGCUUGUAAUCAAUAUUUUUGUUGUACUUUGCUUCAGCCUGCUCUGACUACAUCUGCUUAGGUUGUAUGUAUUUUCCAGAUCCAAAAGAAUGAGUGUAAACAUGUGACAGUAUCUUCUGCAGCUACACUAAUGGAGAGGGCUAUUAUAUAUUUUAUUAUUAUAUUAUACUAUGUUAUUAGCAGUAAUACCUCAAACAACACAUGCUCCAGCUACGUGACAUUAAUCUGUGGAGCUUUUUCAGAGAUGGAUUUUUCCUGGGUAAUGUGUGAAAAACAGUAUGAGGCAUUUUCUCUUUGAUAAUGAGGAACAUGAACUAGACUCCGAGGUCUACUGUUGAUGGUUUAAAUCACUGUAUCAUGGCACAAAAUGUCAUUGCUGUCAUUUAUGACACGUUUCUGUGGUUCCAGCUUUGCCUUUCUCUGUUUUGUAUAAUUGCAAAUUUAAUCUUUUUGGCUUUUAGACUGUUGGUCAGAGAAAACAUGGCAUUUGAAUGCAUCACCUUGGGCUCUGGGGAAAUGUAGAGCAACAUUUUUCUGUUGUUUGCUGUUUGAUAGACUAACCUCAAAUCCAUUAAUCAAGAAAAUUAUUUGAUCAAUUAAAAUAAUCCGUAAGUGUUUUUGGUGGAUUUUUCCUUUAGGACAGUUGCUGCAGCCAGUCCACCAGGGUUCACCAGGAUUUUAUUUCUUUUGUUUAAUUUCAUGAAGCCUUCAGAUACACACAUCCAACAUAAGUGCCUUCCAUUGUAUCACUCUGUUUCUCACUUGAGCCUGAAAUAAACUGUACAUCCCAUCACAUAGUGUUUCUACCAGACACACAUGGACCAGGUUGGAGCAGCAGGAAGGUGAAACGAGUACUGGGAUGAGGGGAAAUAAAAAUAAUAAAAAAAGUCUGGUUUCAGAAAAGUGCUGCCAUUACAAUCCAGUGUAACAGCCUCCUCUUUGUUGUCUUUCCUAUGUUUAAUCCUGCUUCUUUCACCUGCUUUCUUCAAGCAGGUGUUUCUGACGCUCAGUCCCGUCGCUCUGGUCACAGCACGAGUGCAGGUCAGACAGAGCUGACAGGUGUGAUUGCUAGUAAAUGAUUGACAUUGCCUGUCAGCUCUGCUGAUUUACAUUUGUGCUUAAAGAGUAAGUGCCAUCUCUUUAAAAUAAAAAAAAAAUCCUAAAAUUACUUUUGUGUUAGUCAGUUUUUGUUUGGGUUUUGUUCUCUUGUACCUUAUUUGAUGCAUUCAGCCUUAAACAAAAUGUGUGUUCUUCUCUAUGUUGAAGCACAAGCUGUUGGUGUAGUACAGAUUAAAUAGAUUUGAUGUUUGCUUACACAUAAUAGGUGAAAGUCUGGUUUGUUCCCUCUUAGUAAAAAAAACUAAAGUGCUCAGUAAGUUACUGUUUGAAGAGUGUAGCUGUUAAUUUGUCCAUAUCUGCUCCCUGUGUGCGUGAUUUGUAUUUUUUAAUGUCAGUAAUGAAUAAAAAGGUGUGUGUGUGUGUGUGCUUGAGUUUCU